AUUAUUUCGAGGUCAAAUUACUACGUUUCCGCUAUAAUUCUUUUUUCACCUCAGUUUAUGCGUCAUAUUGUGCAGACGAAGUAACUUCGCAUAACUUCUUGACCUUGCUCGAAUACAGCAUUCUUAUGCAUUUCUUAAGUGUGAAUCCAGGUUAUCUUUGGUCGUAAUUCGGAAGAUAAGACCUACAGUUUUAGGUAGCAAUGUACACUGCCACUAACGUAACAGAAUGAUGUGCAAACCGAAUGCACCUGUUUAAAUACUCUGCUAUUGGGCUUCAGUUGUAUGUUUUGGAUCGUUUCGAGUUCAGGUUCUCGAAUUUAUUUGGAACAUCUAAACUGCGUAAUGGAUGAAAGAGGAAUCAAUGGUCUGUCAGAAUGUGUGCGUUACUCAUCUGAACUUGGAUCAGGUUCAGGGAAGGGUGGUGGUUCUGGAGGCUCCAUAAGAGAGGCCGGAGGUGCUUUCGGUAAAAUGGAAGCUGCUCGAGAAGAAGAAUUUUUUAAACGAUUGGAAAAACAGCAGCUUGCUAUGCUGAAGAAACAAAUACAUGAAGACAUUGACUUUCAUGAGAGCCAAAUUAAGAUACAUGAGGAAGCAAUUAAACGGCAUAAGAAGAAAAUCAAAGGCAUGAAAUCUGAUUCUGACUAAAGAGACGUUUGUUAUAAAAUUAGCAGAUAUGAAUAUUUAGUGAUAGGUAUGUUUUGCCAAGUUUGCCUCUGUUGCCUGGUUCAAUUAAAUAUCUACUGAAUAACAAAA